AUGGUUGGUAACUUUGAAAUCCCUUCUGGUUUUGUUGUGUUGGAGAUGGGGGAGGAAGCCCAAGACCCUUUGAUCCUUGGAAGACCAUUCUUAGCCACAGCAGGAGCUAUUGUGAAUGUUAGGCAAGGAAAAAUUGAUCUUCAUCUUGGACAAGGGAACAUCCUCCACUUUGACAUCAAUGAAGUGAUGAAGAGGCCAACCAUCCAAAACCAAGUUUUCUACAUUGAUGAAAUGGAUGCUCUAUCUGAUGAGCUUCUAGAGGAGUUGACACUUGAAGACUCUCUACAACAUGCCUUAACAAUUGAGAGAAAAGUCCAAGUGAUUGAGAACAAGGAAAGUGAUGCCAAAGUGAAGAUGCUGGACUCUCGCAAGGAAAUUAGUGGUGAAGAACAGAAUGAGGAGCUUUCAUAUGAGAUUCACCAUGCUUCCUCAGCUACUCAACAAGAGAACCUUCAAGAGGAUGAUUGGAGUGAACUCAAGGUACCAAAAGUGGAGCUUAAACCUCUUCCGCGUGGUGUAAGGUAUGCUUUACUUGGCCCUAAUGAGACUUAUCCUGUCAUAGUGAGUAGGUUCUUCCAAAUCCCCAUACAUCCAAUAGAUCAAGAGAAAACGACUUUCACAUGCCCCUAUGAGGAUGUUGUGGAGGUGUUUGUGAAUGACUUCUCUGUCUACGGAUCUUCGUUUUCUGCUUGUUUGUCCAAUCUUAUAGCAGGGUCCUCAAAAGAUAUUUCAGAGAGGGGGAUUGAAGUAGACAAGGCCAAGAUUGAAGUGAUGGUUGGAAGAUUCAUCCAAGACUUUUCAAUGAUAUCAAGGCCAAUGACUAAGCUUCUAUGCAAAGAAGCUGCAUUCAACUUUGAUUGGGUAUGUCUAGAAGCAUUCAAGAAGUUGAAAGACAAGCUGGAGCUGCUAGCCAUUGUCUAUGCCUUUGAAAAGUUCAGAAGCUAUUUAGUUGAGUCAAAGGUCAUAGUCUACACUGAUCAUGCUGCAUUGAGACACCUCAUGACCAAGAAGGAUGCUAAGCCAAGGCUGUUGAGGUGGAUCUUGCUGCUACAAGAGUUUGACCUUGAGAUCAGAGACAAGCCAGAAGUUGAGAAUUGUGUAGCUGAUCACUUGUCUAGACAGAAGAUUGAGAGUGGGAUCCCCAUUGAUGAAGGGCUUCCAGAAGAACAAAUCAUGGCAAUCGGAGCAGUGGUGGCAGUUUGUGAAACUGGAAAGAAGCUUGAAGAGGUGAAGGGAACUGAAGAGAAAGGGUCUUGGUAUGCUGAUUUGGUGAACUACUUAGCUUGUGGAAGAGAGCCAAUGGGUCUUGAAGGAUAUGCCAAGAAGAAGUUCUACAAAGAUGUGAAGAGAUACUAUUGGGAUGAGCCUUACCUCUACAUACUGUGUAGAGAUCAACUCUAUAGAAGAGUAGUAGCUGAAGAAGAAGUUGAAGGGAUCCUCACACACUGUCAUGGAUCAUCCUAUGGAGGUCAUUUCGCUAUUACCAUUUUCAAGACUGUUUCAAAGGUGCUACAAGCUGGGUUUUGGUGA